AUGAUGCACGACGACAUCGCCCACAACCCCCUCAACCCGAGGCAGGGCGUCAUCAUCAACCACCCCCAGGGCCAAGACGUUUACGCUGGGGUCCCCAAGGACUACACCAGGGAGCAAGUCACUACGAAGAACUUGUACGCUGUGCUUUUGGAAGCAUGUGAGAGUGGCAGCAUAUUUGAAGGUUUAAUGCCAGAAGACUUCAACAUAUAUGUGACAACACCAUCAAAUUCUGUGGAAAGCAGUUGGGGUACAUAUUGUCCUGGGAUGGAUCCUCCUCCACCUCCUGAAUUUUUUAUUUGCCUUGGUGAUUUGUACAGUGUUGUAUGGACGGAGGACAGGUUGAAUGUGCCACUCACCUUGAGUUAUGCUUCUUGCAGUGACGUCCACAAUCUAAAGGAGGAGACCAUUGGGAAGCAGUAUGAACUGGUGAAGAUGAGGACAUCCGGUUAUGACACCUAUAGAGCCGGGUUUUUUUACCAGAGCUUUGACCCUUCUAAUGCCAAUGUUACUGAGAAUGUCGUUGAUCUAAGAAUGCAGAUGGGGGUCAUCAAUCAGAGAUGCUGA